CAUCCGUUCCUGUCCAUACGAGCAGGCAAUAACAAAAACACGUGCAGGCUAGAACGAAAUCAAAACAAAUAUCUAUUUCGCCUUUCGCACUACAAAAAGUGAAUAAAACAGCCUCAAUAUGGGAAUGGUAACGAAGCGUAAGAAGAUGCACUAUGGCGAUACGCACCUGCAGCGUCGCUGGCGCGUCCGCAACCGCCGCCGCGAUCUGGACCAGAUUGAUGACGAUCUGCGCACCCGCAGCGGCGAGCUAAUCAAUCAAAACGUGGACCUGGAGAAGCCCGGCUUUGCCCAGUUUUACUGUGUGCACUGCGCCAAGUACUUCAUCGAUGACACAGCCAUGCAGGCGCACUUUCGCACCAAAGUUCACAAGCGCCGCCUCAAGGCCCUUGAAAUAGAGCCGUACAGCAUCGAGGAGUCGGAGCGUGCCGCUGGACGUGGCAGCUUUCAGAAGGCCAAGAAGCGGGGCAUGGAAACACAGCCCACAAAGGAGGAGGUCAUCGCCGGCAAACGCAUCAAAGUUGAGGAGAAACUUGAAACCACAGACGCCGAUUCGACACCAGGCACAAAUCCGGACAGGGCGACGCGCAGCAGACCCCAAAAGAUGGAAACUUAGCAAACCUAAGAAGCUGUUGACGAAAUGUAAUAAAUAUGAGCACUUGGAAACGCGACAUUAAAUAUAACCCAACUGGGAUGAUCCGCCCCCUAAAUGGUAGUUACAAUUGUUGAGCGGUAAAAUUUCAUCGUAUAAAUAUAUUCUCUUCUUUAUAUAUA